UGUCCUGCGGGCCGGGGCGGGUCCCGCCGCCCCCGCGGGCUCCGGUGCGUCAGGGGCGCGUCAGGCGGGGCGGGCUCCGCGCGGGCGGCGGGCGGCGGGCGGCGGCGGCGGGCGGCGGGCGGCGGGCGGCGGCGGCGGCGGGCGGCGCGCACCGGGCCUCCUGCUUCUCGCUCCGAGGCUGCGGGACGGACGCUCCCGAGAACUCUCUCGCCCGCGGCCGGCCGCGCUCGGACGGCGCGCGCCGGCGGCUCGGCGGUGCCAGCAUGUCGGCUGCCGUGGCGUGCCUGGACUACUUCGCCGCCGAGUGCUUGGUGUCCAUGUCCGCGGGUGCCGUGGUUCACCGCCGCCUGCCGGACCCCGAGGGCGCGGGCGGAGCGGCCAGCUCGGAGGUGGGUGCGGCGCCGCCGGGGUCCGCUCUGCCGGGUCCGGGGCCACCGGGGCCCGCGUCGGUCCCCCCGUUCCCCCAGGUCCCCGCCCCCAGCCCCGGCGCGGGCGGCGCCGCGCCCCACCUGCUGGCUGCAAGCGUCUUGGCUGACUUGCGCGGCGGCUCUGGGGGGGGCUUCCGAGAGUGCUCGGGGGAAGCUCUGCGCGCCUCGUCCGGCUCCUUCGACCCAACCCCGUGCUCCGGCCCGGCCCCGUGCUCCAAGCCGGCCCCGGCCUCCAGCACCGCCGAGGUCUCCAGACCCGUGCACUCCUCCGGCGCGCUCGCGGUCCCCGGCGCGCCAGCCGUCCCGGGAGUGCCUGUCCACCCUGGAGCGGUCUCCGGCGUGGCCCCUGGGGCGGGCCCCGCCCCCGCCACGGGUCCAGGCCCCCGCCGGAGGCCAGUCACACCCGCUGCCAAGCGCCACCGCUGCCCCUUCCCGGGCUGCAACAAAGCCUAUUACAAGUCGUCGCAUCUGAAGUCCCACCAGCGCACCCACACGGGUGAGCGCCCUUUCUCCUGCGACUGGCUCGACUGCGACAAGAAGUUCACGCGCUCCGACGAGCUGGCCCGCCACUACAGGACGCACACGGGCGAGAAGCGCUUCUCCUGCCCCCUCUGCCCCAAGCAGUUCUCCCGGAGCGACCACCUGACCAAGCACGCCCGCCGCCACCCAGCCUAUCAUCCUGACAUGAUCGAGUACCGGGGGCGCCGUCGCACUCCCCGCGUCGACUCGCAACCCGCCAACCUGGUGGACAGCUCCGGCUCCGUCCCCGGUCAGGUGCCCAGCUUCACCACCAGCUUGUCUGACAGUCAUUGCUGUUAGUCGUCCCCUCAAGGACGAUUCCCCCAGGCCAUUGUCCUUGCUUUCCCUCUGCCCAUCCCUCUUUCCCAGAGUGAUUAGACCAAGGCACAGACUGGCUUCUCCGCUCUGAGGGUGGGUCCAGGCAGGCACGUUGGACUCUGGGGAGGGACUGGGGGCCCGAAAAUAGCAGGAAUUCUUACAACACCUAUAUCAUCCAAAAAAAAGGGGGGGGGGCUGCCUCAAGACAGCCCCCAGGAACUGAUAAGAAGGGAUGAACCCCGCUACUCUCCAGAGUCCUGAAGAUUCUCCCUUCCGUGGGAACCAGAGAUGUGAAACUGGAAUUCUCAGGUGCCUGAGGAGCUCUCAGUCUCAAAGGACUCUGGUGUCUCACCCACCCACCAGGGCGGACCUUGGAGAGGGUGUCAAGGGUGGCAGUCUUGGAAAUGUCCAGGACUGGGAUGGUGAGAGGCCUUUGGAAACAGAAAUGAUUUCUAUUUCUGUAAACAGCAAUGUUUACUAAUGUAUUUUUAGUGUCCUUUAAACAGGGAUCCCAGGUUGAUAGGAGGUUGAUGUCCUCCACUCCCCAAUUGUCCCAGCUACCUCUGCUAGGAGAGGCCAUGUAAGAGUCCAUGUGGAUGUAUGGCUGGGAGAUGCUUCUUGGUGUCCAGCGAGUGGUGCAAAUCUGUUUGCAGGUCCUGUUGCAAGGGUUGGAACCCUGCACUUGCGUCGCAGCUUUUCUUCUCAUUUGGAGUGCUGCUUGGGGAGGUAACUUCCUGGCUCACUCACAAUGAGAUUGGUUUAAAAAUUUGAAAACAAUCAUAAAUGUACCAGA